CACACCGUGUGACUAUAGACUGUAGCGCAAGUAGGGAAAGAGCCAAAGAAACAAUUACCCUGGUCCCCUGGGAGCAACAAAGCUUGAGCAGAGCUUCAGCUUUUAAUAGAGUCUCAUGGGGAAAUGUUGAGUGCAUAUUAAAUCUCCUGAAUAUAAUUACCUUGUUUGCUGUGGCUUCAUUGAUUGCCCAGCCUUCACUGCCUUUUGUCAGUACCUGAGCCUUGACAAAACAAUUCUCACGCACGGUUUCUAUUGUCUCAACACCGUUCAGCCUUGCCAGAGUUCUAGGAAUCAAGGCUUGCAUGAACUAGGUAGGAUUGGUAUGUAGGUGAUGAGGGCCACAUAUAUUAUUGAUGCUGCCACGCCGGUGCGUGACGCUAUUUUUAGAAGUGAUCAAUAUUAAUAAACCACUGACAUCUGGGCAAUGAGAACCAUUCCCGAAUACCGAGAAAAGUUCAUUUGCAUGAUGUGCAGUUGUGUCUAACCAUCUGAAGACUCAGAUAUUCCACCCCUCUCUGUUACUGGGAGAUAACGCUCUGACAAUUAUUCAUACCACGAUGUUUAACAAGGAGGUGGCGCCAUUCUUCCCUCCCAGUAAUGAUUCACGUGCACCAAUGACAGGCCAGGAUUUGCAUAAUUUUUUCCCCGCUGCACUUGGCGCUGCCGGGAUAUGAGGUAAUGGGUAGACCACGGGUGAUUUGACUGAGCAUUUGCCGUGCCGACUGGAGGGGAGCGGACGCAGAAAACGAGCUCCCGACGUUACUCGCAAAGUUCUGAGGAGGGAACGGUAGGAUUCGGGUGCACUGUGAGUACGGUCUACCUCAGGAGAUUUUGAGUUGCAGAGAAAGGCUGUUUGGUAUGGGGUAUGUGCCGUAGAGAGAAUUUUGAUCCUACCAGGCCAUACCAGGUUUUUGCUUAGAAGAUGCCGGAAGGGUAACUGCUCCCGGACCAUGAAUCGAUGCAAGUGCUGCUUCAUUCAGACAUUCAACGAACAGUGCUUUGAUGGAUUUUGUUGAGCGGUCUCUCGAGGCACCCCAAAGCCGUGCAAUGAAUUUUGUUGCCUGAGCUGUUUGCUAAUAGUAACCAGCAGAACUUUUCUGGAAAAAAAACAGAGGCUUCCGACAGAGUCAAAUAGGAGUCAUAUUUUCCUGCCCCAUCCAUCCAACAGUUAGAAGCUAUAGGGCGAGGAAAGGUUGUAAGCUCAGGAAUUGUGAAAGGCAAGAUGAAAAAUGUGACUGCUUCACUGAUUGCAGACAGACACUUGCAGUGGAAUCAUCUCAUUGGAGACACAUCGUUUAUGCCCUGAGCUAUGGACACAAACGCUGCCAGUUUUGUCCGUGUCUUUUGAGACAAAAAGUGCAGAACAAUGACGGCCCAACCCAACGACAGUGCCCUGGUGCCGUUUCCCGACGGAGAGUGGAACAUGACGGCUGGGGCAUACAACUGUCAGACAGCAGGGAAUUUCACGGAUUACUUCACGAACUGUGUGGAGGAGGCACCAGGUGCUCUCCUGGUGGUGGACCUGAUCGAAGGAGUGCUGAUGCUGAUCGUCACCAUACUGAUCAUCAUCGGCAACGUUAUCGUCAUCGUGGUGUACCAGUACGAGCCCUCCCUGCGCAACACCAUGAGUAUCUUCAUCCAGACGUUGGCCAUCUCAGACCUCGCUGUCGGCUUCACCUGCAUCUUCCCUGUGAUGGUCACCUUCCACCAGCUCGGCCCGUACAGCUCCACUUCCUGCCUUGUCUACAGCUACUUUGUGUCCAUGCUGACCAGCGUGUCCAUCGCCAACCUGGCAGCCAUCAGUAUUGACCGGUACAUUGCCAUCAUCAAGCCCCUCAACUACCAGGCCAUCAUGUCCAUGCGCAACACUCGCAUCUGCAUCAUCUUCGCAUGGGUCUUCUCCAUCUGCAUCUGCUUUCCCAUCCUGAUCGGCUGGGGUACCAGCACUUACGACAUGGAGGCCUUCCAGUGCGAGGUCCAGUCAUGGGCCACCGACAUAUACUUCACCAUAUUCAUCAUCUGCAUCUUGUACCUGCCUGCCUCGGUCAUCAUGUGCUUCACGUACUACCACAUCUUCAAGAUCUGCCGACACCACUCCAAGGAGAUCGGGAAGGUCCGGGAGCUCGAGACGCGCUUCCAGAGCGAGAGCGACCACUACCCGACCUCGUACACGACCAAGGCCAAGCACCAGACCAACUCCCGUGGCGAGUCCAUGUACCGGAAAGGGUCCAGUCGCGAGUCGCAGGAAACCCCAAACUGCGAGUCCCAGUCUCGCAGCCACCACGAGCGCAGAGCCGCAAUGAUGCUGUUCACGGUCAUCACUGCUUUCUACGUCUCGUGGUUGCCAUACACGAUCGUGCGUGUCGUGCAGUCGGGAAUGGGGAUGAAACUCAACCCCAUCGUCCGGUUCGGCUUGUCGUGGCUCGGGAUCAGCAACAGCUUCUUCAACUGCAUCAUCUACAGCAUAUCGAACAGUGCCUUUCGACAAGGUUUGAAGAAUCUCGUGAUCAGCGCGUGUAAUAAGUGCACUCGACGCGGAAAUGACCCGUUCAACCUCACAGCAGUGCCAAAAGUGUAGGAUGGGAGAAGCUCUACCAGAAGGUAUUCUGCAGCAUUUGUACUUUGACCACUAUUACGAUGCACCUAUCAUUGUACUUUCCAACAAGCCAGCUUUUUAUCCUGCUUAGUAUUUCAUUCUUAAAUGUUACCAGUGGAUUUUUUUUACCUUUGUUAUUCUAUGAAUGCCACAGUGCACUCAGUUAGGGACUCAAAGCUUGAUAGCCACUCUACAAAUCUUCGGUUGAACUGUUGAGAGGCCUGUGAUUAUGUUAGAUGUUGCGAGUAAAUGGCCCUUGUUUGACUCAGAUUCAUACAACUAAAAGACAAAUUUACAGGAGUCUCUCACAGGAAAAUUUUGUCGGAAAGCAAAAUUUUUAUGUCCAAGCAAUUAUGCCGUUCUGAUAUUCAACAAGCCUCAGUUCAUCAUUAUGUCAUUUCUACCAAACAUAGUUCUGACGCCUUUUCCUUGGCACACCUUCAGAGUGAUGCUGCUGCAUUGUAUGGAUCUACAUUAUGUAUAUUAGCUGGUGCACCCUGUAUUUCCUUGAAUGGCAACCCUUUGCUAUCUACUUGACAAAAGAAAGAUGUGCAGAAUGUUGUUAUGUAAAUACAUGUACAUGCACGUCAAAGUCAAGAGAUCAGGCUUGUUCAGGCUUGACGGGAAAUGCAGAGGUUGUUGCAGAUGUCAUUGAUGGGUGCAUGUAGUCACAAAGGGCUGACAAAUUGCUGUAGAGAGUGUCAGAGAUUUAUAACGUGUACAAAAGGCUGUACAGUGCAUAUAGACCCGUAAUACAUAUCCUAAAUCAAUGUGAAAAUGUGUAAAAAUCACAGUUUUGUGCAAUAAAGAUAAGAGAGACCGUUAUGUAUUUGUAAUAAAGAGUCGUGUAAAGUAUAUUAUGUGAUAGGAAUCCAUUUGCAGAAUGGUUCAGACUGAAUGUCUCCAGAAUACAGAAUGAAUCUGUUAAACUUUGAUGUAACCAGAGUUUUACAAAUAUCUGCCUUUCAAGAUGUGUCUGUUGUGAAAAAUUUAUGGCUCAAUUUCAAACACAGAUCUUGCUUAAAGCAGGAUUAAACUGUACUCAAAUGGAAUACAAUAAUAAUAUUCUGUGCUUUAUUUGUUUGUCUUGGUAUACAAUGUAGUUAGCUGUAUUGAUGCAAGUUAAAGUAUAGUAUGUUACAAUGUUAGUGCCUGCUUUAUAUUUCAUGAAGAGAAGUGAAUAUAUCAAUGUUGGAAGAAAAGGAUUUUAACAAGACAAUGGAAUAUUAAAUGUAUUUAAUGAUUAUUAUAGACGUUUGCUGUUAAUUAUCAUUGUGGUCUGUUGAAGAAAGUGAUUUCUGUGAUAGUUGUAUUGUAAUGUAUAUCAAGCCUUGAGCAGUGUAGUAAGUGUGUAACAGUGGGCUAGUUUUGUGUCUGUUUCACUUCUAUUUGAUGUCAUGUUAAGAGCCAUGUCUCAAACAUGUCAUCAGGGAAACAUCACGAAUACCAGCAGGAAAAGCCUGGAUUUUUCAUACGUAAAAAACUGACAGGUGUAUUGGAUUUUUCCAACUACAGUUAUAGGUUGGUUGAUUAUCAAAUUGAUAGAUUACAAUGUGACAAUUAGUUAGGAUAAUCAGAAUAGUCAUCAUUUAAAUGCAGAAUCUAAAAUAUGUUUUUUUCUAUCCCACAUAUAUAGAGAGUUUCGAAACUUCUUCCCAAAGUACAGCUCAUUAACUUGAAACUUCAAAUAAUGUUAUCCUUUGUCCAUUGUGAUAGCUGACAGCCUUUGGAACCAAAAGUACAUUUGUAAAUUACCAGAAAGCUUUUUUGACUCCUAUGGAGUCAAGAUGACCAUCUAUUUACAAAUGGUUUAUUUCUUUCUUAUCAAAAGCUGAUCUUGGAUUUUCGUCAAGGGCAGGGCCCUAAUGAGCUGAACUGUACGUUAGAUCAGUCAUGGAGUCUUUGGAAUAAUGUGAUUCUACUGUAUCAUUGAUGUUGUUAUUACAUAAUUGAUUUAGAGCAUAACCAGUGAGU